UUGUCAAGGUACUAACAAAAUAUUUCUGUUAGAACAUACCAUUUUGUAAUUCUCCCCGUACUCAUCGCCUCACAAACCUCUCAAAAUCUCGUCCAACUAAGUAAAGUUCCAGUAAUAAUCCAGUGUCUAUCAGUGAAGCGAAACCAUGAAACCCAAAGCACUCAACAGUUUCUCUCUUCAUUUCUUCUUGGCCUUGCUAUGUACAGCGGCGGAGCAGGAAGCCCCAAACAGCGGCAGCAUAGUUUUUACUACGCUGGGCCGGCCAGAUUAUGCUUGGGACAUCUUUACUCUUCCACCUUUGGACCCACCAAAUCCUUCAAAUGAACUUCAGAUAACCGACGGUGAAUCCGUCAAUUUCAACGGCCACUUUCCGUCGUCCCCACCGUCCUCCAUCCUCUCGCUCCUACACAAUCGAACCCUCAUUCAACCCCGGGGUCCAGGAGCUCCUCCGCCUCUCCAGCUCAUCUACGUAACGGAACGCAACGGGAUUUCAAAUAUUUACUACGAUGCACUUUAUUACGGUGCACAGCCGCGAAGUGCCAGAUCGAGAUCAGCCCUUGAAAUUCCCGUACGAGUUCAAGCUCCUUUAUUGGGUUUAGAAGAAAGCAAGAAUCGGAUUUCGAUGAAAGAUAGACCGAGUUUGAGUGGGGAGAAUUUGAUUUACGUGUCAACUCAUGAGGACCCGGGUGAACCGAGAACCAGUUGGGCUGCUGUGUACUCAUCUCAUUUGGGAACUGGGUUGACUCGACGACUCACUCCUUAUGGAAUUGCCGAUUUUAGUCCCGCCGUGUCUCCUUCUGGGGUUUGGACAGCUGUGGCUUCGUAUGGGAGUAAAGGAUGGGAUGGGGAAGUGGAAGAACUGAGUACUGAUAUUUAUGUUUUUUUGACUCGUGAUGGGACUCACCGAGUCAAGGUUGUUGAACACGGUGGAUGGCCGUGUUGGGUUGAUGACUCGACUCUUUAUUUCCACAGGAGAAGUGAAGACCAGUGGAUAAGUGUUUAUAGAGCGACUUUCCCUAAAGAUAAACCGGUUUCUAUUGAGUCAGUGACGAUUCAGCGAGUCACACCACCGGGUCUGCACGCGUUCACCCCAGCUACUUCCCCAGGUAACCAUAAGUUCAUAGCAGUAGCUACGAGAAGGCCCAAUUCCAGUUUUCGACACGUAGAGGUGUUUGACCUUGUUAAAAACGAGUUUAUUGAGCUAACUCGACACGUUUCUCCUACAACUCACCACUUAAACCCGUUUAUAUCACCUGACUCAACCCGAGUUGGGUACCAUAAGUGCAGGGGAGAAAGUAAUAUAGGAAAAACUUCCCAACUAUUGCUUGAAAAUAUUAAAAGUCCAGUGCCAAAUCUCUCUCUUUUCAUUGUCGAAGGUUCAUUCCCUUCGUUCUCAUCCGCCGGUGACCGUAUAGCCUACGUGGAUUUCCCGGGUGUUUAUGUAGUGAACCGGGAUGGUUCGAACCUACGCCAGGUUUUCCCCUUGAAUGCUUUUGCGACCGCUUGGGACCCGGUUCGAAAAGGAAUAGUCUACACAAGUGCUGGACCGGAGUUUACAAGUGAGAGUACCGAGGUUGAUAUUGUAUCCAUCAGCGUUGAUGAUGCUGACCAAUCAAAUUUUAAAAAAUUGACCAUUGACGGAAAAAAUAAUGCAUUUCCCUCACCAUCACCCGAUGGUAAAUGGGUCGUGUUCAGGUCAGGUCGGACGGGUCACAAGAAUUUGUAUGUAAUGGAUGCGAUCCAAGGGGAGAUGGGUGGGCUUCAAAGAUUAACGGAUGGUCCUUGGACGGACACAAUGUGUAAUUGGUCGCCUGAUGGUCAAUGGAUCGUGUUUGCUUCAGAUCGGGAUAACCCGGGAUCGGGGAGUUUCGAGUUGUAUUUGAUUCACCCGAAUGGUACUGGCUUACGGAGACUAGUCAAGAGCGGGUCAGCCGGGCGGGCUAACCACCCGUCAUUUAGUCCGGAUGGAAAGAGUAUAGUGUUUACUACGGAUUAUGGAGGAAUAUCAGCUGAGCCAAUCUCAAACCCACAUCACUAUCAACCUUAUGGUGAGAUAUUCACAAUUAAAUUGGACGGUUCUGAUUUGAAGAGACUGACCCACAAUUCUUAUGAAGAUGGGACCCCUACGUGGGCCCCAAUAUACAUCAAUCCAGUUAAUGUGGAGUGGCCAAAGAGGCCCCAAUGUGCUUUUGAGGAUUGCCAUUGGCUCAAUGAAAUGCCUAAGGUGGAACCAUCGGGGUUAGCCAAGCCUCAAUGCGGUGCAUGAUACCAAGCUUUUCCUGCAUAUGUAAAAGAAUAAUUGUGUGCGUUGGAUAUUGUAAAUUUGUAUGGUGGAAAUAGUACUGGGGCACCAUAGGGACUUUUGUAAUUCUUUGGUGCUUUUUUUUUUUUUUUGGUGUAUUAUAUUUGUCUAUACUAUUUACGGAAUCAACUUUUUUAUCAAGAGAAAGAAUCCAUGAACAGAUGAUCUUGGAU